CUCGGGCUGGGCAUACCCCUCAAAAUCACAUCGUACGAUUUAUUCACACACGUAGUCGUGCAAGUGACCGAUACCGAAGCCCUCGAAGCCCACAAACUGAUCGUCCAGCUCGGCGGUGCGCACGUAUACAAGAACCACGUGGAAGCGCUCGAGCUGAAGCUGGAGUGCCAUCUAAAAUUGUUUCCGAAACUGCGGUUC